AUGAAGGCACUUGACGAUGAGGCAACCUUGAAUCAGCUACAACAGAUCAUGGGCUUGGCUGACAGGCCUGCCAAGCUGACAAUUUCUCGGGAACGGAAGGAAAGAGACCGAUUUCAGUCAGAGCACGUGAGAGAAAGGCACGCUCCCUCUUCAUUUCAUAACUUGCCAGACCUCGCGCACACACACAGAAUGAACACCAAUCAGUUACUAGUACAAGAGCUUAUAGCGUCGGUACAACGUAUGCAAGACAUCGAAGUGGAGCUAAACGAUGUAAAUAUAGCACUUCAAGAAGACCAAGAGGAGAUUGAGGCGUAUACGGAUGAGAUCGCCGACUGUUGCGACCGCAUUUACGCCAUCGACGAAUUUGUUCGCGAUAUCAAGGCUGGUAUUAUCCCAGAGAUGGCUGAAACAGCGUCUAUUGUAUCAAAUAUGGAAGAAGAACGUGAGGAAGAGGAAGCGAUGCUCCGGCGAUUGGGUGAAGUGCGUGCUUGCCACGAGCAACAAGUUCAGCUAAUGAGCGAAAAGCAAAUGGCGCUUCAAAAAGAGAAAGUGAUGGUACAGAUGAAAAAUGCUCAGCUCUGGUGGACUCUUAGUCGCCUUGUAGGCUGUAAAUUGGCGAUGCGGCGACUUUCGGAACGCACGGUCAAAACAUUGUAG